GGUAUAUUGAAGUUCUGUCAUGAUUAGCAUUUGCAUGCUGCGUUCAGUGAAGGGUUGGUGAUAUAUAGGGUCUUUUCACAAGAUACAGAAAUACGUUAACACUGGAUAAAAUAAUUUCUGCUAUUGCCUUGUGGACGAUUAUUACCCUCACAAAAACUAGCGUUCGCAUCACUUCAACUCUCCAUAGAAAGGGUGAUUAAAAGCUCCGUCGUCCAGUAGGCACGAUGAUAGCCACAGGCGGCCUCCUGAGGAUCUCCCGACGCCAGGAUUCGCUGCGUGCCAAGAACCGGGCAGAGAACAAGAGAAGGAGGAAAGCCAGGAAAAAGAGGAAGAAUGACGUGGUGGUGGUGAAGGGCAAGUUGAACCUGUGCUCUGUCUCAGGAUUAGCAGCAGCAAUCGGAGUGAUGGUCUUGAUGGUGGGCAUAGCCAUGGCUGUCCUGGGCUACUGGCCCAAAGGGAAUCCGGCGAAACAGUCAGGCAAUGUGGACAAAAACUCUCAACAGGGUUCCAACUUUAUAAGCAAUAAUAAGCUGCAGACACAGCUGAAUAACAGUGAUGCUGCAGGUAACUCCACCAAGCCCAUUUCUCCUGUUUCCCAACCCGCUGGGUUCUUGGGAGGCUUGUUCACCGACUACCAGUACCCAGACAACCUCAAAGUGUUUGGGCCGCUGGUCAUGGGCAUCGGCAUAUUCCUCUUUAUCUGCGCCAAUGCCGUGCUCCACGAGAACCGUGACAAGAAGACCAAGAUCAUUAACUUAAGGGACAUCUACUCCACGGUCAUCGACAUCCACAGCCUGCGGUCCAAAGACUGUUCUCCAUUCAAUGGGCUGCUCAGCUGUUCGCAGUCCAGGGCCGGAGACAAACCGGCCACAUAUGGUACUUCUAUGCCUUCCAGAGGCUCCUGGCCUUCCACUCUGUCCUGCAAAGGCCUGGACUUCAGGAGACCAUCAUGUGCUAGGAAAUGCAGUUGGUCAAGGGAGAGGCAGUCAUUCACUGAUACAAUAUACAGCAUUUACAGGGACCAGGCCAGGUUCGAGGAACCAGCGCCUACUCCCAAAGAGUGGGAAACCCGCUCCAUAGUCGCUUCCUCGGUCAACGCAUUCACUUUACCCGUGAUCAAGCUCAACAACCGUGAAAUGGAGGCCAGAGAAAGAGAUUCCGCUGGCGAUGCCCCCUGCAGUCCAGAAAAGGAACUGCAGCCAUCAUCAUGCCAGAGCUCGGGAGAGCUUAUUGGCACGUCCGUGCAAACAAAAGCAGAAGUGUCAAGGGCAGCCUUGUCAGUGUCCCAGGACUCCAAACUCUCGGGUGAAGUUCAAGUGGGAUCCAGAGAGCACCAGCAGCAGCAGCUGCUGCAGCCUAGCCCUGGGGUCAGGAUCCUGGGGUCCCACCUGUCCCUGAACGCUCUUUCUGACCUCGGCGCCGGACGUCAUGAAGAAAGGUCGCGGAGGUUCAGCUGUCCCAGGCUGGACCGCUCGGGCAGUAAGGGCUACAUCAAACUGGCUGAGCUGGGAGGAGAUUCGUUCGAGGCCCCAGAUGGGGCACCGGAAACAGGACCUGGAGAGGCAGUGAUGCAUAGGGAGGGGCGUGUCAUGAGUGCGCAAACCCUCCCCUGUAACUCUCUCGCACAACUUCAGAUAGAUGUUGUGCCAUCAAACUCUUGUGCAAGCGAUGCAGAUGUGGAGCCAAAGGCAAAUCUCUAAAAGGCAGGAGGAGCCAUGAAAGCAAGAUCUAGUCUUUAACUGUUCAGGCUUAGAAACCAUUAGCCAUUUUCAUGCGUUACCAGGGUGUGGACACUAUUGUCAGUGAGCCUGUAGCAUAUUCAAGCGAAAAUUUUGAUAACGUUUGUACAGAACUCAACACUCCUAAGUACAUAUAAGUAUAUUUGAAGAAGGUGUAUAAGACACUGGAGCCUCAAUCCAGAGGAGCUUGUCACAUUUUUGUGCGAGGUUGCAGUCAGUAGAUUACUCCAAGAGUAGAAACAAGUCGUUCUUGUGCCUUUCUAUGAUCUGUUAUAUGCUCUUUUGUCUUACACGGAAGUAGUGUUGCCUGUUGAGUAAUUUUAAAUGUAAUAAUUAACGAACAAUUAAUAAUCCAUGAACAGUUUAACCUAACAGAGUUUAUUGAUGUGUUUUCCUGGACGUUUCACCUACUUUUGUUGCACAGAUGACACUCUUGGGGUUUGAAUGGAAUAUCUCUUUACAGUAGAUAGUCAAAAACUGUGGGUUACUAUCUUUCAUGUUCUCUUUUUGAUGUACAGCCUAUAAUUAUGCAACCUCAUGUGUUUUCCGUUUCACACUUAGUACCUGGAUAUUGUUGUAUAAUCAAACAGCAAUAAGUGCUAGAGCUGAAUUCUCAGGUGUCACCGGGCUUGCAAACAAUGAAGGCCAUAAAUGAAAACAUUUAGCUUUUUUUGUUCUUAGAGAAAACUUCUUGUUUUGCUUUGGGAUUUUGAGUGUACGUCCUAACAAUGUCAUAUACAA